AUGGGAGGUACAGGAGCAAUUUGGGACUACAGAAACCAUUUGGCAUGCACAGGAUCCCUGGAACCUGUCAAGACGCGCAGUAUGGGGGCACGGAGAGUCUAUGGCGCGGCUAGGCGGGGCUCUCCAGGGACGUUUGGUGGCGCGUUGACGGCGGGCGGCGGCGGCAAUGCUGAGAAGGCUAGCAGCUUCAAUGAGACCGAACGCUCCUCGAACAUUACGCUCAUGACAGUCUUCUACUUCACUGACUACGGUAAGCUUGACCGCUGGACCCGCGCUUCGGCUCACGGUGGCGCCAUCAAGUGGUGGGACGAAGGCAUGAAGCAGGGCAGGUACAAGCACUUGACGAUCGCCCACGAGCUCUACCGAGUGCCUCGAGGACGCUUCGAAAGCGUGUAUGUGAAUAGCGCCUUGCUGGGUCUGAGCUCGACUUCUGUCAAGACGGAUCGUGGGUGGGUCAGGCCCGUCGUCGAUGCCAGCAUAGGCGCUUUGCGCACAUCACGCGGAAGGCAAGCAGGCAUCCAAGCAUCAUCGGGCUCGCCCGGCAAGAACGACAAAGCUUCCAUAUACCCUCGAGCCACAGCCCCGCCCGGCUUUGUGUCUCCCUGA